AUGUUAGACAAGUUUUUAAAAAUAGUUACUUGGGAAAAUUAUAUUGAAAAACUUUUCAAGGAUGGUUAUAGAUCAGCAAAUAGUUUGCCAAUAAUGAUGGAAAAUAAAAAAGACAAUGUCUCAAAUCAAGAGUGGUAAAUUACCAGGACUGGUUUACUUACAUGGAGAAUUUUUCAUAUUAUUAGAUGAGGAAGGUAUAACUUGGCUCACUAUAGUAUUUAAUAAUAUAUACAGUUAUUAAAUGGUACAAUGGUUAAAAUCUACACUCAUGGCACUCCCUAAAAAACCUAAUGCUAAACAUUGUAAUGACUUUCGCACUAUUACUUUUAUGAGCCCCUAAAAGAUCUUUUUAAAAAUGUUAAAUUUAAACCAGUAGUACACUAUUUGGGUUUAGAAAUUUAGUUUGUACAAGAGAGGCCAUCUUAAACUUACAAGUGUUAAUUCAAAGGGCUAGGUAUGUCAAUCACAAUGUAUAUUAUGCUUGCUUCAUUGAUUAUCAAAAGGCUUUCGAUAGAAUUGAACCUGAUAAACAUAUAGAAAUACUAAAAGUAACUGGAAUUGACGAUUAAAACUCGAGUAUAAUAAGCAAUUUAUAUUGGAACCAAAAACCUCAGCUAUACGUGCAGAAACAAAAAUGUCAGACGAUAUUCCAAUAAAAAAAGGCUCGAGAUAGGGAUGUGUCCCUACUCUCACCACUCCUAUUUAAUUUAUACUAAAAGUAUAAAAGAGGGCAUAAAAGUAAAUGGUAAAUGUAUUAAUAAUAUAAAAUACGCUGAUGAUACAGUUGUAUUUGUGGAUAUUUCAAGCGAAAGUUUUGGUUCGUUUCUUAAUAAAAACAAAACUAAAUAUAUGGUAAUUUUGAAAAAACAAAAUGUAAGAGAACCGCUAUUUAUUAAGGGACAACAAAUAGAACAUAUUCCCUAUUUUAUUAUAUGGAGCCGAAACAUGCCCAUUAACUGAAACAUUAAGUAAGAAAAUUGAUGCAUUGGAAAUGUGGCUGUACCAUUGAAUCCUAAAUAUAUCAUGGAUAGAUAGAAUAUUUAACAUGUGUUAACUACAAAGUAUGCAAAAGGAAAAGGAAUUACUGAGGACUAUAAAAACACAGAAAUUAGAAUACCAGGGUCACAUAGUAAGAAAUAACCAAAGAUAUGAAUUGCUGCAACUUAUACUUCAAGGAAAAAUAGAAGGCAAGAAAAAUGUUGGUAUACGAAAGAAAAAUCUCCGAGAAUAG